AUGGAGAAUUUCUUUUCUCUGAGAAGUACUGGUACCACCUGGUUGAGCUCCAGUCCCACCUCCUGGGUGAUUGAUACCAUCUUUGCUUUCCUAUGUGGACUUGGGCUCUUUCUUCUGUUACUCCUCUGCUUUCAGAGUAAUCCAUCCUUACCACCAGCUAGAAAAUAUAGAAACACCAGGAAGCAUCAAGUGGAGCUGAGGAAGAGGAGCAGGAGUAAGAAGAAAAGUGGAGCUUUGAAAGCUUGCAGAAAUUGCCUGAAAGAACUGGAGGGAGCUCGCAGCCUGAUUUCACUUUUGCAAAGCUGCCUGGUGAGGCUCCCUGACAAGGGUGGCUUUCAUCAGCCCUUAUGUCAAGAUCCCCCUGGUGAGGCGUACAAAGCAGUGCCUGCUGGAGCCUACCAGCCAUGCGGGGAGCCUGUGGAUGUUGCUGCUCCUGCUGUGUCCUUGCUGGCUACCCCAGUUCCUCUGACCCAACGCCCUCUACUUCUUGGCCCAAAGACCUCUUCAGUUUCUGUUCAUUCCCACUCAUCUCUGAGUGCCUCUUGGACACCAGAGCCUUUACUUCCCCUAGGCAGCCUUUUACCCCAGCCACUUGCUCUUUCCCCUCCCCCACCACAUCCCCUUAAUUCAGAGGCCUGUCAUCCACCUCUGACAGCCUCUUCUGCCCCACAACUUCCAGACACCAUUCUGACUCUUCCUCAGUGUGACUCAAUGGCACUCCCACUGGGCACCAUUACACAGAGGUCAUCUAAUACCCCAUGGUCAGCUUCUCUUAUCCCAGCCACCUCAGGCCUUGGCCACUCAAGCUGUCCCAUUUCAGCCCUGUCUUGGUGGCACACCACUGGCAAAGCCUUGUGCCUCUCAACCUCAUCAAAUUAUGAGUCUCAGCAAGAACACCUUUCCCACCACUCACCAGAGGCCUCAUUCUGGGGAAACCCCACCAACAGAGAAGUAGGAGCUGCUAACCCCUCUUUGCUCAGCUCUGAUGACCAGAAGUUCCUGGAGAUACAAGUCACAAAGGGAGUCAAGAUCAACAUUUGGAAAGAAAAAGAAAAAGAUGGAUCAUAUCCAAAACAAAUGAGCCCAAACUACCAUCUGAAUUCUUUGGGGAAUAUGUUGAAAUCACUGGGUGCUGAGCAGAAAACCACAAGCCCCCAACACUUCUGGAGCACAAAAGGCAAACCAGAGCAGUUGCCUAGUCCUCAGCAGCUCUCAUAUCCUAAGGUUUUGGGGCACCAUUUACAGCAGAAAUAUAACCAGCUUUUCUGGGGUCUCCCCUCUCUACACAGUGAAUCUCUGGUGGCUACUGCCUGGAUCUCUGAGAGCUCUUCAGCACUGCAGUCUCCUUCUUUCUUAUUCAAUGGAAUUUCAAGUGACUACCCAGUUCAAAUGCAGGCUAAACUAUCUCCACUGCUUUCCCAGUCCAAACCCCUGUCCCAACUGGGGUUCCAAUCUCAACCCUUGAUUUCAGCCAUACCUCAAUUCCAACCCCCACCACUGGCUCAGAUCCUGACCCAAGAUCAUCUCCAAUCCUCCCUUCCAAUCCUAUCACCUUCUUCCUCACCCCAGAUCAGGACCUGUCAAAUAUCUUGCCCUACAGCCCAGGAUAAGUCACAAUCUCUCAUCCCAACUGAGAUUCAACAUCCAGAAUGGCCUUUGCAUGAGCAACUAGAAAGUGGGGGUUUAUCCUCUGUAAUCAAAAGAUCUCAAGAGGUCUUUAAUGUCUUCACUUCUAACCUUCCUGAAGACAGCUGGGUGGUCUCCAUCCUUCCUGAGAAUUUUCCAAUCAGUCCUGAGCUCCGUAAGCAACUGGAGCAACACCUACAAAAGUGGCUCAUUCAACACCAUUGGGAGCUGCCCCGUAAGAUCCAAGAGUUUCUGGAACUAAGGCAGCUUCAGGGUGAAUUAUCAGGGACAUGUCAGGCAAAGGGCAAGCAUAGACCCUCACAGCUCUCUGCAUUUGCAGGAAGCAGCAAGGAGACACAGAAAGUGGGGUUCCAACUAAGCCAGGGCAUGGGCAAGGGCCUGGGGUAUAUUUUGGGGAAGGUCCCAAAAGAUCUCUUCCAGGCCUCAGAGAACUCCCUAAUGAAGUUUCAGGGAGUGGGCUCUGGGGAAUCAGAAAGUGACUUGGGGCUGUCACAGAGUGAAUCAGGAAGUAAUUUACUAAGGAGCUUAGAUACGAAUCUAGAAAACAUCUUGAAAAGAGGUCAUUUGGGCAGGAAGUUGGGGCAGAUCAGUGAGUGUGGGUCGGUGAGUAUGUGCCAAUCCUGUCUUGCUGUCAACCAUGCUUUUCCCAAGUCCAACACUGACAUGGAAAUCAGAAAUCUAGGAAUCUUGAAGGGUUGGGGACCAUAUGUGAACACCUUCCACAGGGUUUCCUUCCUCCAUCCAGACAUUCAAGAAGUUCUGGAAGCACAUAUUAUAAGGUUUUGGGUGAGGCACAGGUGGGGUCUACCUCUCAAGGUCCUCAAACCCAUAAAUCUCUUGAUGAAAAAGGUUCAACCCUUGCCCAUUCUUCAGUUUGCCUCUACCUCCUCAGCCACCCGUGUGUCUGGGGCCCCCUCAAUAGUCAAGUUUGCUGAAUUCCUGGGAAAACCUCCUCAGGCAUGUCUGGGAAAGAAGGCAAUAACAGAAGAGUCAGUUUCCACCCUGGAAAGGCCUCCCCUUGCUCCUUCACCUGCGUAUGAGGAAAUCCAGAGGGCGCUGGGAAGGGCCCCAUCUAGUGACAACCAGGGGCCCUUAAAAGCCUCUCUGAUUGGACAGGAGGACAGGCCACCUUCUCAGUCCCUCACACUCAACUUCAUGGGCAGAACUUGGCAGAGUGGUUCUGCAGAAUGCAUUGAGAGGAGCAGCCUAGAGUUGAGUCCCAGUUCAGCAAUGACCAGGAAUGAGCCAAGAGAGAAGAGUGUGGAUUUGACCUCACAAGACCCCUGUCAUAGGGUAGCAAUGCUGGAGAUGAACUUAGGAUCCCAAUGUUUUAGUGCCGAAAAGGACAGCGAGGCAGUGGAACCAAUGUGCUUGGGAACCAAUGUGCUCACAAAAUCCCAAACCAUAAAUGUGCAUAUGGGGAGUUUAAAUACCAGUAAAAAACUUUCUAGAAUGUCUGUUUUCCAAGGUCCUGGAGAGUCAUGCCUUAAUGAAGAGGAAAGUGAAUUUAAUUCCAAAGUGAAUACAAAGUCAGAGAACCAACCUCAAGACUGUUCUACACACAUGCUCCUUGCUGCAGACAACUUGGCUUCUCAGGUGCCACAGUGUCAUCCCCAGAGAGUGCCUACUGGAGGCAAGGUAGCUUCCCAGAUGCUAUAUGGCUUCACAGCAGACCAAAGGAGCUGCCUAAGGCAGCAAGAGCCCAUGAUAUCUAAACUUCGGGACUCAUGGAAGAACCAGUGCAAGAUGACUGUCCCUACUUGUAAGAGAGAGGACUAUAGGAGGCUCAACUCAGGAAAUGAAGAACGGUUUGAGGAAUUGAGGACCUCUCAAGCUGAGUGUAUGAGUCACCCUGCCCCAGUCAGGGGAAUAGUAGAUUCUUUUAGGAAACGAUACUUCCAGCUCCUGCCAGAGAAGAAACAGGGUCCUCCCGAAAGCCUCUUCGGAAAAAGGAUGAGGCGCUUUUCUCAAUGGAUUUUCCCCAAUGAAAAAGACAAAGGUCAGAAUGCUCUACAGAAAUAUAAGCCAAUAACUACCCAGAACCAAGGACCAGUCAAAAGCAAAUCAAUUAUGGCCAGUGAGACUCAUGAGUCUCAGGCACUCAUGACAGCUGUUGGACAGAUUAUAGAGGAGAAAAUGGCAAUUCAUCAUGGACUUCAUGCCACAAAGUUAAAUGAGCACAACCAGGAACUCCAAGCACCAGUAUGUGGGUGUUUCCACUACCACAGACUUCCCUUCUACCCAGAGCAAGGGAGAAUAAUGAAUUAUACAGCCCACAGUCACCAAGCCACCUCCAAGGACCAGAGAAGCUCUAUCAGGGAAAGGCAGGUCAGACAUCGGCUGUCCUUGAAAAGUGUAAGAUUCAAGGAUGAGCAGCUGGGCCUGAAGCACCUCCCAUCCUCGCCUCCCAAGAAGACUUUGUCUCCAGUCAGUCCCUGCCAGUAUGGGCCAAGGAUGCCAGGUGUCCCAAGCCACCAUCAUCACUGCCCACGGCACUGUCUUCUUCAGGAAGGGAUCUAG